AUGGGCACUCUUAUCAACGUUAACAUCAGCAAACCACUUGCCCACAAGGAGACGUACACAAGGUCUGUGGUUAUGCUGAUGGUGUUCACCCCAUCACGAAGCACUAUGGGUCAGUGUGGCUACAUGUUCAGUAUCCUCCCUCUGCCUGGCCAUGCUGAACUCAGAGCCUCCUACUUCUCCUGCCACACUGACAACCAGGACGAUGAGGUGUUCACUUUUAGCUUUAACUUGAUCACAAUUGAUGCGAAUGGAGUGGAAGCCACCUACUCUGUGAAUGCAACCUGCUCCCUCCCUAUACCCUGGUCCCCCAGAGAAGUCAGCUGUGAGGAGAACUAUAUGGAGGUGUCAAUGAGGAGUGACAUUUCCUGUCUGUCUGGUACAACGGAUGCCUGGACUGCUGGCCUUGCUAAAGCCCACAGCUCUGCCAUGCAUACCUGGCAGGUGAUGUUCCAGCAGGAGGGGCAGCAGCUGAUUCCCAUGUCAUUCUCAGAGGCUCGGGAGCUGGGCUACGUGUUCCACCUCACCCAGGGGAGACUGGUGUUCCGCUCACCCUACACACCACGGUCUGUCUGGUCUGUCUCCAUGAUCAAUGGUUCAGUGGUGGAGGUGGUCCAUCCCAUACUGUUCUCCAGGCAGAGAUGGGUGGUUAUGAUGGUGGACUGGAUUGUUGCGUGCAGCACUAAUGAAGGGAUGUAUGAUGGGGCGGGGCUGGUCUGGCAGACCCCCACUCUGCUGUCCCCGCUGGUCUCUGGCCUCUCUGGGUUGGAGAGCAUCAAGAUCUCAAUGGGGGUGGAUGGUCAGCUCCUGGAUGAGCCCAUCACAGCAGAGCGAGGCUACAGCCUGGACAUCAGUGACACCACUGUCCAGAUCAGCAUCCCCUUCAAUGCUGCCGGAGGAUACAGAAAAUGGUUUCAUUUCUUCCAAAGCUAUGUGAUGGACAACAUGUACCAAGAGUUCUAUGUGGUCCAUCUCUACUAUGAACAAAUAUUUCUUGAUGACUGUGGUGGGGAGACCAGAUUCCGCCUCCACAGGCCCAUGAACACACCCCUUUUGAUCCAGCACCUCUCCAUCAUUAACCAAACAGUCCUUGAGGAUUGUGUGUUUACUGUUUACCUGGGGAACCUCUCCUAUGAUGUUGACCUGGUGGCUGUGACGCUCAAUGGUCACAACUUCACCAUACUAGAGGCGAAUAAAAGCGGCCUCGUCAUAACCAUGGUCCCUCAGCCCAAUAGUACCCUACAUGCCUACAUUCUCAGGGUGCCAUUUGAGGAUGCCGUUGUUCACAAGCUGAUGGUAAUGAGCUUGAGCUGUAGUCACGAUCCCGGAUCCGGGAUGGGGAGUCUUAAGAGACCUGGGCUGGAAGUGAUAAUUCUCAAGUUCGUCAUCCAGAUGGACCAUAAGCCAUUUGACUACCUGUGGGAGGUGGGUGUUGGCCCCUACAUUCUGACCACAAAUCUGGCAGCCAAGCGGGGCUACAUCAUGCAGAAUGACAGCAAGAGUCUGACCCUGGAAGUGCCCCUCUUCUCUGUUGGCUACUCUUACAAGGACAUCAAUUUGAAGCAGUUCUACGGCUCAUUUGAAAUUCACUCACAACUUCCUAAGACCUUGGAGGUCAAGAGCUCCUUGGCCAAAGCUUGUCUCUUCCAGACUACUGAGGUCCUAGUGUGUUCCACUGAAGGGGUGGUGACAGUGGCGCUGAACCCAACGGAACCUUUCUCCUGGACUCCACCUGCAGGCCUCAAGAGACUGAUGACACCAGGGCUCUCUUUAGCUUUGGACUCCACACAUGUGGUACCAGGGUCCAGUACACGUGUAAGAGAGGUAAUCACAGCACUGGACAUUAUCAAGACGCUUGAAUCUGACUUCAACGAGAGCGCUGCAGAAGAGGACCUCAUAUCUCAAGAGGAUAUCCGGUUCCUGACAAAAAUGAAAGCGGGCAUCAGACGCAAGGACAAUGGACAUUAUGAAAUACCGCUGCCGUUUAAGGAAGAAAGACCCAACCUGCCGAACAAUAAAACAUGUGCAGUUCACCGUCUCAAGUGCCUGGAAAGGAGGCUAAGGAGAAACAAGCAGUGCUACAAGGACUACACAGCAUUCAUGGAAGAGACCAUAGCUUGUGGAGAUGCUGAGAAUGUCUCCAAAGAGGAAAUUAACAAGCAUCCAGCAUGGUACAUCCCGCACCAUGGGGUUUAUCACCCACAAAAGCCUGGGAAGAUACGAGUCGUCUUUGACUGCUCAGCUAAGUUUUGA